AUGGAGUUUGCUAUGGUUGGCGCGGAUAGCAGCGGGUGCAACACCCACCUGCCAUACGGAUAUGUCCAAGCUCGCGCCAGGGAGAGGGAGCGCGAAAGGGAAAGGCAGUCGCGAGCAGCGGCAGCGGCCGAAGCCGGAGCAGUUGGAGAAGGAGGUGGAUCCAGUGGCCAUCCGUACAACCAGCAGUGUCAGACUCGCACCGCCUCCUCCUCCAAUGCCAACAACAGUAGCGGCGGAACCGUCUCGCGCCCCUCCUCCUCUCAGCAGCCGCAGCAGCAGCAGCACCACGAGCCACAGCAGCAACUUCUCCGAGAGCGGAAAAAGCAAAGAGACGCUGGGCGCUGGAGACGCAACCGCGCGGCUCUAGGCGGGGACCUGCGCCAUUCGGAGUUGGCGCUUCUCGGGUCCGAGGAGGACAUUAUGUUAGAAGAAGACGAAGCGGAAGGCGAGGAGGAAGAGGACGACAGGGGAAGUAAGAGAUCAAGUUUUGUCUAUAACAUGGAUGAUGAGGAGACAGUUUCUCUCACAGACAAACGUCCACAGUCUGGAUAUGAAAAUGUUUACAGUGAGUAUGGCUGCUCUGAAAGGGUUGUCAUCAACGUGUCUGGCUUGAAGUUUGAAACUCAACUGAAGACUCUUGCCCAGUUCCCAGACACUCUUUUGGGGGAUCCUGAAAAGCGAAUCAGGUACUUCGACCCUCUACGGAACGAAUACUUUUUUGACAGGAAUAGACCAAGCUUUGACGCCAUUCUAUAUUUCUACCAGUCAGGUGGACGCUUAAAGAGACCGGUCAAUGUACCUUUUGACAUUUUUUCCGAGGAGGUAAAGUUCUAUGAACUUGGUGAAGAGGCAAUGCUCAAGUUCCGAGAGGAUGAGGGAUUUGUGAAAGAGGAGGAAAAACCGCUGCCCGAAGACGAAUUCAAACGUCAAAUUUGGCUGUUGUUCGAGUAUCCAGAAAGCUCAAGCCCAGCUAGAGGCAUUGCAGUUGUGUCAGUCCUGGUUAUUGUGAUAUCAAUAGUCAUCUUCUGUUUGGAGACACUACCAGAAUUCAGGGACGAGAAAGAAUUCCUCAGCCCAGGUAAUAAUUCGACACGUGCAGACAAUGGGUUUACACCCUUCAACGACCCGUUCUUUAUUGUGGAGACUGUGUGCAUAAUUUGGUUCUCUUUUGAGAUAAUUGUCCGUUUUUUUGCCAGCCCGAGCAAAGCUGCUUUCUUUAAAAACAUUAUGAACUCCAUAGACAUUGUUUCCAUAUUGCCUUAUUUCAUUACCCUCGGAACAGACCUUGCACAGCAACAAGGCAACGGGCAACAGGCAAUGAGUUUUGCAAUUCUGAGAAUAAUACGACUGGUGAGAGUAUUCCGGAUCUUUAAACUUUCCCGGCACUCAAAAGGACUCCAGAUACUGGGACAUACAUUGCGCGCCAGCAUGCGAGAACUGGCACUGCUCAUUUUCUUCCUAGUCAUCGGCGUCAUCCUGUUCUCGAGCGCCGUGUACUUCGCAGAGGCAGACGAACCAACGUCCCACUUCACGAGCAUUCCAGACGCUUUUUGGUGGGCUGUAGUAACCAUGACCACGGUUGGUUACGGUGACAUGAAGCCCAUAACAGUCGGCGGAAAGAUAGUGGGGUCGCUAUGCGCCAUAGCCGGGGUUCUUACCAUUGCGCUUCCAGUUCCUGUUAUCGUCUCCAACUUUAAUUACUUCUACCACAGGGAGACCGACAACGAGGAUCAGACUCCCGCUGUUGAAUACCCGCCGCCAGGAUGCCCAUAUUUCCCGGAUUUCCUGAGAAAGUUCAAAGGAUCUCCGUCCGGGUCCUCACUUGGUGACAAGGCUGCCGAGUAUAUGGAGAUGGAGGAAGGUGUCACGGAAUCUCUUUGUGGUGUUGACAAGCAGAGUCCGAGUAGAGGGAAUGGUACUGACAUAGGCAGGAGAAACAGCACACAAUCAAGAACCCUACAGACAGAUGUAUGAUUAUAAAUAACAAAUUGUUAACCUUCUGUAGAGGUUUUCGUGAAGAUGAUUGCACAACUCACUUAUCAGCACACAUGCACGUACGAGUGCGCUCCUUGCGCAUUUGGACACUAUCUCUCACAUACACCGCGCACACGUAUAAUUUCAUACGGACCUAAGCUGAAACAUUUUUGCAGUGUGGCUCCUUUUGUAGAGAAACAUAUCCUGUAAUCAAGUGACAGGCAACGCAAAAAUCACCAGCUUUACGUAACAUGGGAAGGUGUGGCCCAUCUAUACUGUACACAGAAUUUAACUAUUCUCGGUUCUAGGAACGGAAAAAUAAGUAUUUCGCAUAGGCACUUUAUGAGUUACAUUUGUCAGUAAUUGUUGAAAGGAGAAGCGAACUGUUAUCGUACGGCUGUUAUGCAAUAAAGUUUAAGUCAUUUGCACUAUCAUCAAAUAUGUUAGUCUCCCAGUUUAAAGCAGAGUACCAGACACGCACCUUUGAUGGAGAAAGCGAGGGAGAGAGAGAGAGAACUUAAUAACUACUUAGUAACUUUGCUAUGACCAACCAUACAACUGUUACGAAAUGAAUGAACAGUUAAACCAUUUCUCACAUGCUAACUUUAGUCAGUAAACUAAUUUCACAGUAGCAUCCUGCGCCGCUGAAGGCUAGUACACCAUUACGAAAUGUAUUAAGAGUACAGAAAACAAAUAUGCCUACAAAUAGCUGUGGCAGCGUACCAGUGUGAGCUCUACACUCAGACCACGCUCAGUACCCACACAUCGGUAAAACUACUACAUAAGCAUAGAGUUAAUAAAGUCGGAGUUAUUCACUUCUUUUCUGAGCGUUGAACAAAUCAGUCAUCUCGGCGUUUUAACAUUACACUACAGUUUCUUUCCAUCAUCGAAACGACUACCAUAACACGUCACACCAAGUAUGGCAUUAUUAAGAGUUUUUAUUAGCGUAGAUGUCACACCCUGGAGAGCUAGGCCCCAAAAUACCGGUUUUGCAUUGUAUCACAAAGUAAACAUCGUGCACAACAGUGUCUCUGGCGCCAUGGCUAAAAGAACAGUUCUGUCAUUUGUGUUCAAGCGCUGUCAUGGGAAUAUAUUCUUUAAAAGGGAAUGCUUCAUGCACCUGUUUACUGUCCGUCCCUUUAACCAAUUGACAAUGCAUCCCUUUACAAGAAAUCUGACGGAAACCUACAUCAGAACAGCUCUCAUGGAAACGUGAACUGCCUUCCCGUUUGUCCGGUGGUGGACUUCUGCACGUACCUACGCUCCAGUGGGGAACUGGUCUUCCUGGAAAGGGCGAGGACCACCUGGCAAAAGUAGUACAUUUGAUCAGUGCAGUGUCUUGUCCAUGAGAGACUAUGAGUGGUCUAUGAUCGGAGCUCCCAUACAAAGGACUUGCCAUAACAACUUGUGGCAAUAGGCGUCAGGGUGGACAGAAGCCUGAUGGAACCCAAAGACCUGACGAUGUCCUCCUGAGAGAGACCACUUCUGGACAGCGGAGGAGAGCAUGGACAGUGCUGGCUCUCCCACCACCAGUAAGACAGGAAGUCCAUCAUCAAGCCAGAUGUCACUCACUUUAUUUAUGUUCUGCUCCUAAUGAUUGCCUUAAAGACACAGUACACUACAUCUCUGCGCAGAGGGAUUCAGAACUUAUUAAAAAAAGAGAGAAAAACACAAGGAAAAAGAAAAAAAAGCUUGGCGUGUUUUUUUUUUGGAGGUUUUUUUGGACUUUUUUUUUUCUUAUGUGUGAACCUGUGUCUUGUACAAAACAGAUGUGAAUAUUUUAAUAUAAUAGAGAAUUCUAUGUUUGGUUGUAAUAUGGACACUUGUUUCCGUUGGGUGGGCUUGCUAAUAGAUUUGCAAAGCAGAUAAGGCUGUGCUCUCUAGAUCUCUCUCUCUCUGCAGUGUCUAGUUUUUAUAUCUCCUUCUGUCUGAAGUGAAACUGCAGGCCUGAAGGGCGUGAGUGUGCAAGCGGGGCGCCUGGUGUCAGCUUGCAGGUGUCCUACGGCCUUUCGUUUGCAGCACAUUCAAGCAGGAUCAAAACUGCCCCACUACCCUCAUCAUUGGACUCAGUAUCACAGGCACUGCUGUCAGACAAAGAGCUAGCACAUCAGUGUGUAGAGUAUUGGUAGCUGCCAGUUAAUAUAUAAUUACAAACUAGCCACAAGAGAUGCAAGGUGUGACAGGGUUUUUCUUGGGAGUGGAGACAGUGCGGAGGCUGGUGUAGAGCUAAAGGGUUCGAGGAU